AUGAAGAAAAGAGAAAUCCCGAGGGGGCUGUCCGGUCGCGUCGCCCACCCUGAAGUCCCUGCCUCCCGCCACCUACCCCUGGACGCGGCGCCCCUCCUCCUCCCACCUCCACCUCCUCACCUCUCGGCCCCAGCUCACGCGCUUCCCAUCACUCGGUCAGCUCCUACCUUCGCGUCUCCCUCCCUUUCGUUUUCAUUUUUACUUUCCACGCCGGGUGGGGAGCGGAGGGCAGAGCUGAAGAUGCCCGCGGACGACUGCACCGCUAUGCCUUCCUCUGCACCCCACCCGGAGCUCUCUGGGGUCGCUUCCAGUCACAGAGCACAGCGUCCCGACCACCGAACAGACCUACAAACCCGGCAAGGAGGGAGAGGGCGGAGCAGGCGCGGGCCUACACGUCACCCGCUUGCAGCUGCGCCAACGUCGGCACGUCGGCUCCCUCCUGCCCCACCCCGUCCGCGCGCGCCGCCGCCCGCCUGCCACCCGCAGAGCAGAGCUGCGAAGAGGACUGCCCUGGCGCCGAGGGCGCGCCCCGGAACGGGCACGGGCGCGAACGCGCGCGUUCCUAGGACUCCGCGGUCAGAUGAAGACAAGUAA